AUGAUAUCCUUAUCAAUUGUUCUUCUGUUGUUUGGAGUGCGAUGUUUCGAUUCGACAGGUGAGUCAGAUAAAAAAAAAAGAACAGAAAAAUGUCAAGUGAACGACGACUCACCCAUAACAAUCUCAUCUACGAUUGACAGCUUAUUGAACAUCAACGUAACAGUUGAAAAGAAACCAUUCUUCACAGGAUAUGUAACCGGAUACAAACUAUACUACACCAAAGAUACAAGUCAAACAAAUGAUGAAUAUUCAAAAUGGAAUCAGCAAGAAGUUCUUUCUCGAGAUAAUUUAUAUCAUUUUUGGAUUGAUGCCAGACGAAAUUCCAUUGUAAAAGGAAUGACUUUUCGGGCGAGAGCUACGAUUUUCUUCAAUAAUGUGGAGAGUAUUCCAACUGGAGUUCUAACAGUUCAAACGAAAUUAGCUGCUCCGAAGGCUCCGUUAAUUGUUAAUACGAAGAUUCUGCAUAAUUCUUCUGUACUCAUUUCGUUUGUAUCUGCUGAUGAUGUGGAGCCUGUUGAGAAUUACACACUGAUGUACAAAAAAACUGAGGAAGAUGAAUGGAAAGCAUCGAAUUUUCAGUCGGAUGUUGAUGGAAAGGUCCUUCUCGAUGGUCUUACCCCAAACCAAACGUACGAAAUAAAGAUGUUUGUUACUGGUGACGCCGUCCAAGGAAUCCCAUCAAACUCCGCCUCUUUUACAACCAAUACAACAGCUUUGGCACUUGUAAAAACCGAACCAGAGGAAGAAUAUUCAGCCGAUCCACAGACCAAUGAACCGUUGAGUAUUAUGUGCACUGUCAAAUCAGUUAGCAAGGCUACAGUACUCUGGAAGGUUAACGGAAUAAAAGUGUCGGUGGAUUCUAGUUUCUAUACAGUUGUCACUUCAGUGCAUGAGGAUUUUAUCGAGUCGACAAUCAGAGCAAAGUCUAGGACAAGAUCCGCAAAAUUCACAUGCAUCGCUUCGAAUGAUGCUGGAGAUUCCGCAAAAGAUGUUAAUGUUAUUAUAAAAGGACCUGGAAGUCCACCAUCUGAAAUCACUUUGGUUGCUGAAAUACGUGGAUAUACAAUUUCAUGGAAACCACCAUCUCAUCCAAAUGGAAAGAUUACGAAAUACGUAGUGUAUCACACAUUGAAUCGAGAUGAUCCAUUAUCAGAUUGGAAGAAAAUCGAUUUGGAUGGAUCUGAAAAAUACGUUCAAAUUUAUAUGGAUACCGAGGAGAGUUUUUAUGGAAGAGUUCAAGCGGCGACCGAAUUGGGACCUGGAAUUAUUUCCGACAUUGUGGCCAUGGAAAGGGAUACUCAACCAAUUUCUGUGGAAUCGGAUAUUGGUGGAGUCUCGGCGACAACAAUGGUGGUGAAUCCCAGAGAACAGGUAAAAAAUUUUUCUUUAAAAUGUUAUUUUUUCUAUUUCAAAUCACAAUCCACUGUACCGCCCGUGGCAAGCCCCGCCCAUCGAUAUCAGUUGCAACCAGUGAUCGAAAAAAUGCGAGUCAUGUGGAAGUGGAUGUCUGGAAUCGUCUUCAAGCCACGUCAUCUGCUGGCGUCGUUUCCGCAAUGCACAAUUUCUCAGUGCUCACUUCGAAAUACGUUCAUUGUCGGGCGAAGAAUUCGGCUGGAAGCAAUUAUUCUACAAUUGAGCUUAAAGUUGAUACCUGGAGAUGCUCCAACCCAGAUCCAAGUGCUCAGUGUAAAUGCACUUGAUGCUACCGUAGUCUGGCACGCUCCGCAGUUUCCAAAUUCGCCGAUUACUAGCUAUAUUAUUCUGGCUAGUAAUGACCCAAAAGAAGACAAAUCCACGUGGCUACAGUAUGAAUCGAAUGCCAAAGAGACGCAGAUUAAUAGAAUGCUUCUCCCAACUGGAAGUCUAGAAAAAUCAACAGAAUAUUUUGUAUGUGUCCGCGCAAAAAAUACGGCUGGAAUUGGUCCAACGAGUAGUCUCACUUCAUUUGUAACGUUGAAUGGAGGACCAGAUGGAAAACCGGAGAAUAUGAAAGUGAUGAUAAAUGAGGCAAAUCAAGUGAUUGUUCAUUGGAAUACACCGAAUUCGACGACAGAGGUUACGGUAGGUUUUGGAGAUUUUUUUAAAGGCUACCUAAUCUACUACACCCGUGACUUGAGUCUAUCCAAUGAUGACUAUAAGAAUUGGCAGUUUGUGGAAAUGAACAAUAACGCUACUCGCAUUUCUCGAAACCGUGAAUUUAUUAAAUUAGUUUUAAGAUACAAAUUCGAUUUGUCUGUCGGAUUGAAACCUAAGACAUUCUACCGAGCCAGAAUAGCCGGGAAAAAUUUGCACGCCGAUGGUCCGCCAAGUGAAGUUGUCGAGUUUGAGACUGCGUAUUCUGAAGUUCCGAUUCCAACGGAUCUCAAAACAGACGUAUUGGAUGACAAUACGAUACAUAUCAGGUUUAGUGCUGUAAGAGAUCCAGAUGAUCAUUCGAAGGCUAUCGAUGAAUAUCGAAUCGACUUGGCCGCUACAGACAAUGUUCUUCAUGCAGAAUGGAAACAUAUUGAACCGGAUGCCAUUCGAAUCGAUGAAAUCACUUCCAUGUCUCACCAGGUAGAUGUGGAAAUCAAUGGAGAUUCGGUGGAAAAGAAUCGGAUGUAUUGGGUCAAAGUUACUGCGAAAUUGGAUAAUCCAGCGUGGGGUCUGCAUUCAUCGAAGCCCAGAUGGUUCAAGACAGGACAUGGAAAACUAAUGACAUCUGUCGUACUGGAUGGUCCUCCGCUCAUCGAAAAAGAGCCAAACUUGUCUGAAAACAUAUCAGUAACAUGUACUGGAAUGGGAAGCCCUGCACCAAUAAUCACAUGGGAAUGGAUGAAUGAAUCAAUUGAGAAUGGGACAGAAGGAUGGGAUAUUCAUAACAGCCAGUUGGAUGAGACUACUCUUGUAUCAAAAAUCAUCCGAAAUGGUAUUCGAGAAUCCGGAGAGCUCACUUGUUUGGCAUAUAACAAUGAGGGAAAUUCGACGGCAUCCGUCCGAAUUCGUGUUCUGGGUCCCGGAAAUCCUCCAGAGAAUAUCAAAUUGACAGCAUACCGUAACCAGAUCAAUGUGACAUGGCAAGAAUCAACACUUCCCAAUGGUGAUAUUAUGGUAACUAGACUAUUAUUAUGCUGGUAUCUGAAGAAAUACAUCGUCUACUAUUCUGAAAACGAAAACGAUGAUUUAUCGGAUUGGAACAAAUUCGAAACUGCUGAAUUGGAGACGUAUGUAGAGGCAUUUGGACCAUCGGUUAAUCAUUUCAUUCGGGUUCAAGCGGUUUCUGACAGAGGGCCAGGAAUCAUUUCAACCACUUUUUCAUGUCUGUCGGAUGUUUUGUAUGAACCUUUGAAAAUUGAAAUUCUGGCAUCAAACAUUUUGGAAUUCGAAGCUGAACCCAAUCAAAAUGUAGAGAUUCGAUGCAAGGGAACCGGAAAACCAAAACCAGAACUGUUUUAUCAAUUUGGAAAUGAUCCGGAACACCAAUUUGAAGAAGUUGAAGCAGAUAAUUCGGAAUAUUUCGAAGCAAAGGCUCCAGAAAUUAAUUCGAGAAGAAAUGUGACAGUGGUGUGUCGAGCUAGUAACAAAUAUGAAAAUGUCACUAUCAGCAAAUCGGCCCGAUCCUUUGAAAGUAUGAAAAUAACCAAAAUAACUUUUUCAGGACCCGGAGAAGCCCCAAAUAAUAUAAGUUGGAGUUUCGAGGAGGAAGACGAUUCGACACUUUAUAUCAAUUGGAAUCCAAUUGAGAAUCCGAAUGGAGAGAAAUUAGAAUACAAUUUGUAUCUGUCCAACUACAAGACCAAAGUUUCGGGACCACCUGUCAGAAUUCCAGAUAUCCCCCUCAACGUGAAUAUUUCUCUGCGAAUCUCGGCUGAAAACGAAUAUGGAGAGGGUGAAAAAACGUUUCCAAUCUGGAUUCCGACUCCAAAUGGUGGUCCAAAAACUGCUCCAAUUCUGUCCUCACUUCAUGCUCAAGACUCAAAAGUUUACAUUACCUGGGCGGAGCCACGUCUUCCAAAUGGACACAUUUUGAAUUAUACGAUUUAUAUUAAGAAAGAAGAAGACGUUGAUGAAGAGGCUGAUGGAGGAGAAGAGAAGGAGUGGAAGGUUAGAGAUGAAAAAAUUUUCAGAAAAAUAUUUUUAGAAUUUCAGAAGUUUGUGUAUCGCUCAAACACUAGUCGCGUUGAGAUUGGAAUUGACGAUGGGCUGGAAGAAAACGAAAGGUAUCAGAUGAAAAUGACAGCUACGAAUGAGAGACAUGAAGGACCAGAAACACAGGUCUACACUUUCGAUUUGAUCUCUUUUGACGAGAACGACGUCAUCGACAAUUUCACUGCCAUCGUUAUCAAUUCGACGGUGUUCGUCGAAGUUGAGAAUCCCAUUUAUACGAAGUACAACAUUUACAUUCGAGACGAGGGAAACAAUCAGACUGUCAAACAUGAAAUUGAUGUGGAAACGGGAAAAACGAAAUUUGAAUUUCCGUUUCACUUGGAUCAUACAUUGAGCUACACAAUCAAAAUGUCGGGAAUGAAGCUCGGUCGUGAGAGUCCACCAUCCGAAGAGAUCGAUCUGGAAUUUCAGUCUUUGAAUCUCGCGAAACCAACCCAAAUGAUAAUGGCAACGUCGCGUCGAAAAGUUAUCAAAGAACCACCACUAUAA